GUAGGGGCGGGCGGGUUGUUUUUGGCGUCCCCAGCUUCUCUUGGUGGUCUCUCAAUUGCUCUGAAGUGAAAAAUCUCAUGUUGACUUGUUCCCGUCAUCUCGUGCCCAAUUUUAAAACCCACCGCCACAAUUAUGCAGAAAUCCCACGGUAACCCCCGGCCCCCUCCCGUUUUCUCCUCCCAUAAGACCGCAUUGAUGCCGAAAAUAGAUGAUGGCGAUGGAGAAAGAAGCCAAUGGAGCAACGAACCACUUAAAAGAAUGUGAGAGAAAGUGAGACGAGCACAAGGAAGAAAAACAACUCUCCAGAGUGAAAUCUGGCGUUUUGGACGAUGAUGAUCAUCUGCCGCCGGCAACUUUCUGACACGCUCGUUAUUGUCUGGACAUGUCUGCCAGUUGCUACACUGUCUCUCUCGUUUGGCCUGCUCACACACACUCCCUCUCUGGAACACAUUACACACACUUCUGAGGAGAAUCCAAACACGCAGAAGCAGAGUUGCAGAGUUGCAGGCUUGCGUCUCAUGCCGAGCCCAUGUGGGCCGUUGUGGAAAAUAAUUCAGCCCAAAAAAAAAAAAAAACGGAGGUUUUUCUGUUGUCCCCGCGGUGGGCCGAAAUUCGAGAAGGAGGCAGGAAUGCAUGAGGGCUUGUUCAUGACCGAGCUUGAAGAAAGAUCGCGACGUAUGGACAGGCCUGUGUUUGAAGUAAACCAUUCAACAACCGCUAUGAAGGCUUGAAUGAGCAAGUGACGGGCUUGUCCCUUCCACCCUUUUUUCCCCGCUGACACUCAAACCUGCUCAUGAAGUCAGGGAGCAGCAAUCCGUUCCAGAGGCAGCCAUGUCCACCUGCUGAGUUCCUUUAGCCUUCGGCACUCAUGUCAUGACCAGCCUUAAGCGCCCACCUAUGGAGUGCACCGUCGGGGGCUCCGUCCCUGCCACCAAUGAGUUUUACCCUCGCCCCUUGCGCAUGGUCAAUGGCGGCGUUGUGCCGACCCGCACGGACAAUGUCCAUGGCACUGUGAGCGCAGGAGUGCCAAAGAUGGGCGUACGGGCGCGUGUGGCCGAUUGGCCGCCAAGAAGGGAUGUUUCUCGGGGCUUGUGGCACUCCACCGCAGAGUCCGAAAUCAUGAGCGUGCCUCUGAAAAAUCACAUUAAAUUAGGAUCAUUUAUUAGUCCUCAGGACUCGUCAAUGCUGCGAAAUAUCCACAAUACUUUAAAGAAUCGAACGCAGGCCCAGGCGAACAACUAUUCCACAGACACUCAGUAUUUGGCACCGGGAGACCACAGGGGUCCGCCGCGCCGGAACCCACAACCGAGGCGAAUCCAUCAGCGUAGCAACAGCGACAUGACCAUCAGUGAGAUGGAAGCCGGCGGAGACAGCGGGGAGGACUGGGGUCCACCACUCGGUACCAAAUGGUCCCCUCUUCACCGCGAGUAUGGCAGCACAUCUUCAAUAGACCAGCACGGGGCUGCUGGUGAAAGCUUCUUUGAAAUGCUUAAAGGCUACCAAGGCGAAGUGGACCAGCGCAGCCCAGCUCCAGCUCAACUGGAGGACAUGCUGAAUGUUCGGCCCAAGCAGGCCACCAUUGACCUGUCGGAGAACGCCACGGACGGCCAGGUUCCGAAGCCUAAGGACAGGGAGAAACCUCCAAAGAGACGCACGAAAUCGGAGACCGGGGGCGAGUCUAUAUUUCGUAAGCUUCGUAGCGUGCGGGGCGAGUCUGACUCGCCGCGAGCCGGAUCGGAUGUGGAGGACAGUCGAAUGGAGGAGACGGGGUCGUCGCUAAAGCCGUGGGUCUGUCAGAAAGGCUUCGCCCACUAUGACGUCCAGAGCAUGCUGUUUGACCUCAACGAAGUGAGUCAGUUGCGGCAGAACGCGGGCAGGAGGAAGAACAACAUCACCACCGGGGCUUCCGCCGCCGCCGUUGCUUCGGCUACCUCCACCCUUUCAUCCACGCACAGCCUUCCGUACAGCUCCCCAAGCAGUAGCCAGGAGGACCUCAACUCCCGAGAAAGCCCUGGGCUGGACUCGGGCGACGAACAGAGCAACGAGAUGCUGCUCAGCUGCCCGUGCUUUCGAAAUGAGGUCGGCGCAGACGGCAACGGGAGGCACAGACUGGGAGCAAACGGGGGAGCCCAUUACGGACUUGUGGGUGGUGUAGCAGGUAGCUGUGGGACCUUGAACGGAGAAGGAAACGUGUAUGAAAGCGCCGUUAGCACACAUUGCACCAAUGCUGGUGUCGCCGUGCUGGAGGGACCGAAGGAGGGCCCAAGCACACUCAGCGAAAAGUCCAAACAGUACAUCGUGGAGCACGUGGACCUUGGUGCUUACUACUAUCGGAAGUUCUUCUACUUACGGGAACACUGGAACUACUUUGGGAUGGAUGACGCUGUAGGUCCAGUGGCGGUGAGCUUGCGCAGAGAGAAGUUGGAGGACGACAAGGAGCAUGGCCAGCAGUACAACUACCGCCUCAUCUUCAGAACCAGUGAGCUCACAACACUGAGAGGCUCGAUCUUGGAGGAUGCGGUGCUUUCCACCUCCAAGCAUGGCACUGCCCGAGGGCUGCCUAUUAAAGAGGUCCUGGAGUACAUUCUACCAGAGCUGGACCUGACCUGCCUCCGACUGGCCCUCAACACCCCCAAAGUCACAGAGCAGCUGAUGAAACUGGACGAGCAAGGACUGAGUUUCCAGGUAAAGGUGGGGGUGAUGUACUGCCGAGCCGGCCAGAGCACAGAGGAAGAAAUGUACAACAACGAGAUGGCGGGCCCCGCCCUGGAGGAGUUCCUGCAGCUGUUAGGGGAGAAGGUUCGCCUCAAGGGCUUCACCAAGUACAGAGCCCAGCUGGACACUAAAACGGACUCUACGGGCACACACUCACUGUACACAUCCUACAAGGACUACGAGCUCAUGUUCCAUGUGUCCACUCUGCUGCCCUACACGCCUAAUAAUAAGCAACAGUUACUGAGAAAGCGGCAUAUUGGGAACGACAUCGUGACCAUUGUGUUCCAGGAGCCCGGUGCACACCCCUUCACUCCAAAGGCCAUUCGCUCUCACUUUCAACAUGUCUUCAUCGUUGUGAGGGUGCACGAUCCUUGCUCAGACAACACGUGCUACAGUGUGGCAGUUAGCCGCUCCCAGGACGUACCCUCCUUUGGUCCACCCGUUCCCAAGGGCGUAACCUUCCCCAAGUCCUCCGUCUUCAGGGACUUCCUGUUGGCUAAAGUCAUUAACGCUGAAAACGCAGCCCACAAGUCAGACAAGUUUGGCGCCAUGGCGACGCGCACGCGACAGGAGUACCUGAGGGACUUGGCUGAGCGUCACGUGACCAACACUCCAGUAGAACCCACCGGGAAGUUUCCCUUCAUUUCCCUGGCGCACAAGCGGCGAGAGAAAGUGCGGCCGUACAGUGGGGCGGAGCUCCGGAGCCUGGGCGCCAUAACCUGGCAGGUUCACGCCGAAGACCAGGUGGCAGGUGCCGAGCGUGAAUGCCUCUUGGCCAUUUCAAACGACUUCGUAAUCCUCCUGGAUCAGGAAGCCAAAGCCGUUGUGUUCAAUUGUGCCACGCGCGACGUGAUUGGUUGGUCAACCGGAAGUCCCGCCUCCUUGAAGAUCUUCUACGAGCGCGGUGAAAGCGUGUCACUUCGUUCCAUCAAUAAUAACACAGAAGACUUUGGAGAGGUGGUCAAGAGACUCGAGCUGUUGACCAAGGGCAGUCAGACCGCCGAGAUGACGCUGCGUCGCAACGCUUUGGGCCAGCUAGGCUUUCACGUCAACUUCGAGGGCAUCGUAGCUGAGGUGGAGCCCUACGGCUACGCCUGGCAGGCCGGGCUGAGGCAGGGUAGCCGACUGGUAGAGAUCUGCAAGGUUGCCGUGGCGUCGCUGUCACACGAACAGAUGAUCGACCUCCUCAGGACAUCCGUCACCGUCAAAGUGGUCAUCAUUCCUCCGCACGAAGACUCGACACCGCGCAGAGGCUGCUCGGAAAUCUAUCACAUGCCCUUAGUGGACUACAAGAACCACAAGGAGGGAAUGCCCUAUGAGCUGAAGUUCCCCUUCCGCCCGGCCAGCAACAGCAACACCAAGUGGCCGAGAACAUCCUCCAGUCCUCAAACGCGGCCUGCGGGCUCCGGUGGUACACUAAUCAAGGCCCCUCCAUCAGACAUCGGCACCUCUGCUGCCAUGUCGCGCAGUGUGUCCAGUGACGGGCGGCCCGUAGUUCCCAAAAGAUAUUCACCUGGAAAUGAAAACUACGCCCUUGCCUGUUCAAUUGUGAUGGGCCGCACGCUUCACAACACAAACUCCGCCUCUGCCCUCCCCUACACCGACAACAUGAGCUCCAACCACUGGAGGCAGAAGUCCAUGCCUGAGGGGUUUAAUAACAACAACUGUCAGUCCCCUGUGUCAUCGGCGCGACUGUUGCCAGGUGACAGUGCUAGUGCCAUCAAAAUGGGCUCCAGCACAGGAGCCGCUUGGUCCCGAAAUGGCGAGAGUGAAGUAGCAUGUAGACAGGGGGAAAAAAACACUCACGAAGCUUCAAAGACGCUCAUUCCUCGACUUCAGCCACCAGAGGAGAGAGGACAUAUUUCACCGAGCAAGAGUGCUAAAGUGGACGCCCCAUAUUCCUCCAGCCAGUCCAGCAGCAACACACUGUCAAGCAAUGCCUCAAGCUCCACCCACAGCGACGACAAGUGGUACGAGGCAGGCUCACGGUCGGGAGUGCGCGGCGAUCUCGAACUCGGCGCCUACCUUCAGGGCACGUCCACCGACAGCGGCAUCGACGCCACGUCCUUCACCGCCACGCAGAGCAGCACGGCCUCCUCCACCGCCGCCUUCAGGGCCGUGGACGGCGUCCCGUGGCAGGACGAGACAGACGGGCAGAGAGGGGCUGACUCUUUGCUGCCCGCUCCUGACUCCCUCGUUCCUGCUGGGAGAGGUGAUGAUAAUCCAUUGAAGAGCCCGUCGGGCCUUCCUGACGACGCUUCCUACCCCCUGAGUGACUCCGCCUCCCACUCCAGCACACUGAGUUCUGGCCCCUCGGGAAACCAGGAGGAACCGGCAACCGACACUUCACCCACCUCCCAGAAUUCCCCGGGGCCCAAGACCUUCUACCCGAGGCAAGGCGCCACCUCAAAGUUUUUAAUCGGCUGGAAAAAACCCGGAGGGACCGUCAACUCUAUCGACUUUGGCAGCUCUCGGAAACGGCACCAGAGUGAUGGUCUACUGGUCAGUCAGCCGCAGCUCAGAGCCAACCUGCGGGGCUCGCAGUCGCCCCAGCGGCACACUGCCAAGUCCAGCCUGGAAGAAGACUUGAAGAAGCUUAUCAUGCUUGACAGCCCUCCCCCCACCACCACUGAAGAGAAGCCGUUUCCUGCAUCGACGCCUACCCGGCGUCCCCUCCAGAGGACCCUGUCAGAUGAGAGCAUCUACAGUGGGCAGAGGGGCUCCAUCUCGAGCGACAAGCGCGACACCCCCACCGACCUUCUCUUCAGCUGUUCGACCGUGCCGCGCUCACCCACCGCCCGCAACGCCGCCAGCCGCCGGACGUCGCACAAAUCUCUGGGUAACUUAUCUGCUCCGGAGAGCAGCGACUUGGAGCAAGAGAGGGCCAAGCUGCAAGCGCAGGAUCCUGCCCUGAUGCCCCUUCCUGACACCAGGACAGAUGGCCCGCUGGACUGGGCCCACCUGGUUGAUGCCGCCAAGGCCUUUGAGGAGCAGAGAUUGGUCUAUCUGGCGGCCCAAGAGGAGAACGCCGUAGUCGAGGGCCCUGCGGGUGUCAGCCCUCAGCAGGCUGAGCCUCAGGCGGCCCCGCUGAGACAGCCUUCACCUAGCGAGACACCAGCAUGUUUAAUGGGGAAAGUCAGCCAACUGGAGUCGAUGGUAAAAGCGCUCCAGGAGGACCUGAAAAAGGAGAAGGAUUCCAAGGCGUCCCUGCAAAUUCAGAUCCAGGGCUUGCGCGAAGACAAUCAGCGCCUCCUGGAGGAGUCGUACAGCGCUUCGGCCAAGCUCAAAAAGUUCACCGAGUGGGUCUUCAACACCAUCGACAUGAACUGACUGUGCGCAGCCGCAAGGGGAGUACGACCGCUACAACUCAGCCGUGCGCACGUCAUAUUUUGCCCUUCGAGGAGGACCGACUCAUGUUCUUAAAAAACGACACGCUUUGUCUUGGUGUUUACGUCAUUCCAGUUGCCAAUGUCAUCGGACAUCAUCCGGUGGUACAAAUGACUGAGCACGCAUGCGCUUCCUCCCUUAAGAAUUGACCAAUGGUGCUGACUUGUCCCUGCAUGUCAGAGAACCAAUUAAAUCAACAGCCGCAUUCUCUCUUUCUCUCUCUCUCUGUGUAUUAUAUAUGUAUGCGCCAAAUGGUAGUAUCCUAGUAUUGUAGCAGUGCGAGUAAGCAGACGGCCUUUGCAUAGCACAAACUGUGAAAACUGUGAAGUCAGGCGGCUGUCUAAAAGAUUGUAACGAGCUGCAAGUGUACAGUUGCAGAUGCAAACAGUUUAUCUUUUGUACAAAAAAAAAAAGCGGCCAGGCUGCGGCUGUCAGGAAAAAGGCUUUGACGGCUCAUUUAUUGCCCCAUGUUGUAAAUAUGUGAUUUAUUUUUCUCACCUCCUCCCCGACUCCCUUCCUCAAUGAGAUAUUUAAAGAGUAUUUAUGAAUAUGUUGAUGUCACAGAUGAGAAAAGCAGCCAUACGCAGGUGGGGGUGCCCUCAUGUUGGCCACACAGUGAGAAAUGAGUGUACUUUGGGAACAAAUUGAAAAAUAUAUGUAUAAAUCAUUAUAUGUUGAAA